AUGGCUGUGUCAGUUGUCGGCUUUGAUAUAGGCUCUUUGACUUCUUACAUUGGUGUUGCUAGAGGUGGCGGGGUUGAGGUGAUUACAAACGAGUAUAGUGAGAGGGCUACACCAACAUGUGUUGCAUUUUCAGGGGAUUUAGUCCUUGUAGGAACAGCUGCCAAGUUACAACAAGUUAUGAAUAUCCAGAAUACUUUUACAAGCUUUACUCGGUUGCUCGGGAAAUGUCUGUCAGACUUCUCAGUUGUGAACGAAAGAAAGUUCAUGACCCAUCAAGUCGAAGCAACUCGUGAUGGUCGCAUUACAUUUUCGGCUUCUCUGAAAGGCCAAAAAACUCCUUUUGUCCCUGAGCAAAUCUUGGCGAUCCAAAUGAAUAAACUUAAGGAAAUUACAGAGACUACUAUUGGUUCUAAAGUGGUCGAUGUUGUUGUCAACGUUCCUACCUACUACACAGAUGCCGAACGAAGAUCUGUAUUAGAUGCCACGAAAGUGGCAGGAUUGAACUGUGUAAAGCUAGUGAAUGAUAUAACUGCAAUUGGUACUGCGUAUGGGUUUUACAACACCGACUUACCACCAGCUGAUCAACAGCCGAAAAUAGUGGCAUUUGUCAGUAUCGGUUACAGUACAACUCAAGUUGGCAUUUGCAGUUUCAACACAGGCAAGAUGAAAGUCCUUGCAACGACAUGUGAUGCUUUUCUUGGUGGUCGGGAUUUUGACGAAAAGCUUUUCAGCAAGUUCGCUAGUGAAUUUCAGCAACAAUACAAACUGAAGGGUUCGUUAUCAUCCAAAGCGACUCUAAGAUUGCUCCAAGAAUGUGAAAAGCUCAAGAAGUCAAUGAGUGCUAAUUCCUCGGAGUUACCUAUCAACGUCGAGUCCCUAGCAGAAGAUCGAGAUUUAGCGAAUAAAAUGAAGCGGACUGAUUUCGAAGAAUUGUGCUCUGAUCUCAUGGAACGAUUUCAAAUGUUGUUUACAAAGUGUCUUGAUGUGGCUAAGUUGAAGUCGGAAGAUGUACACUCAGUGGAACUUAUUGGCGGUUCUUCGCGUAUGCCUAUGAUAAAGAACGUUGUCGCAUCUGUCUUCAGACAAGAAGGAAGGACUAGCUUAAAUGCUGAUGAGGCUGUCGCUCGGGGAUGUGCAUUUCAGGCAGCUAUCUGCUCCCCAGCUUUCAAGGUGAAAGACUUCAAUGUCGUUGAACCAUGUUUGUAUCCUAUUAUAAUACAAUUUGAUCAAGAGGAAGGUAGCAAACAAUGCAUGCAAACUGAAGAAAUUGAUGGCAUAUUAACAACACAAGGCAAAAAUAUGUGCAUCGAAGUUUUUCCUUUUCUCCAUCCUAUUCCUUCUUCACGUCAGAUCGUUCUUUUACAACAUGGUGCUUUUACUUUAGAAGCUCGAUAUGCGAAUAAGGAUGACUUACCAAACCAAAAUACUGUCAUUGGAACUUUCAAAAUAGGAGACGCUUCCCAAAUAUUCUCAGAGCCUCGUAAAAUCAAGCUAAAAAUGCGUAUGAAUACCCAUGGUAUCUUCAAUAUUUCACAAGCACAAUUAGUAGAAGAGUAUGAAAAGGAAGUUGAAGUUAGUGUUUCUGAGGACAACUCUGUGGUUGAUGGAUCUCAAAACUCUAAACAGGAAGUAACCACAGCUAGCAAUGAGGAUACUGAGAGUCAGAAUCCCCCGGUGGAUACCAACCAAACAAAUACGCAAGAUUCUACUUCACCGAAAAAGAAAACAGUAAUGAAAAAGAAAAAAUUCACCAAGUAUCAUGAUUUGAGCAUUGAAGUUAGUAAUAUGCAGUUCACUACUAAACAACUCAAUGAGUUCUGUGAAAUUGGGGCUAAUCUCAUUCAGCAGGACAAAUUGGAACGAGAACGAGUCAAUUCUAAAAAUGCUGUUGAAGAGUAUGUUUAUGAAAUGCGGUCUAAACUUCAAGGACCAUUGAACCCGUUCACCUCACCCACUGAGUCAGAAUCACUACUUCACUUAUUAGAUAUGACAGAAGAGUGGCUAUAUGGUGACGGUGAAAGCUUAAGACGUCAAGCUUAUAUAGAUAAGCUCGCCGAGUUAAGGAGCAAGGGAGAUCCGAUUGUCCACCGAGCGAACGAACAUCUUAAUCGUCCUUUAGCCGUUGACAACUUUAAUCGAUCACUCGUGCGUAUAAGGAAAGUGUUAGACAGUGUUGCAGCUGGAGAACCAACAUAUGACCAUUUAACACAGGCGCAAGUUAAUCAGUUGGAAGAUAUGAUAGUACAGUAUGAGACCUGGUUGAACCAGCAAAUGAUGCAACAAAAUCCUCGACCACAAACUUCAGAUCCUGUAGUUAAAGUUACAGAUAUCAUAUCUCAACAGCAAGCCAUGGAAUCAGUGUGUCAUCCCAUUAUCAAUACUCCAAAGCCUCCGACGGCGUCUCCUACAAAUAAUACUCCAGACCUUAACUCUCAAAAUUCUGGACAGUCUAACGAUGUGAAUAAUCCAAAAACAAAUUGUAACCCCGGCACAAAUCAUUCCAAAAAGUGUGUUGAUGAUGAACAAAACAUGGACUUAGAUUAA